GCGGGGGUCCUCAUCACACUGACCUUCCACGACAUCCACCAUGGCAUACGUUGCAGUCGAAGCCGACGAGCGUUUAGAAGAGGGCCCAGAGGGUCUCCAGUUCAAAUCAUUUUUAGGAUCGAAUACUAAUGAUGGCUCGGAUAAUGGAGGGAUUGGUCGAGGCGUAGGAAAUACCGACAGAGGCUACCUUCAGGACCGACCUCACCAGACUAAAGGCGGCGGCGGCUUUUGGACGAUAGAAUAUUAUCAGCCAUAUUUCGACAUUGAUACUAAAACAGUGCUGACGCGGUGUUAUUCGACCCUUCUACCAACGUCAACUGACUACCUGUCUACCCACCUCAACCCUGCGGACCUCUACGGUCCCUUUUGGACAUUGACAACCUUGAUAUUUGCCCUGUUCCUGUCCUCAAGUCUCGGUGCAUCCAUUGCAGCGUACCUGUCGGCCCCGGGAGCAGAAUACGACUACGACUUUCAACUUCUUUCCAUCGCCGUCUCUCUAGUAUACGCAUAUGGACUAGGGUUGCCUGUCCUGCUUUGGAUAGCUCUUCGCUACCUUGGCGUCGGUGAAUGGAGUGUCGUGGAAGCUGUAGCAAUAUGGGGUUAUGCUAUGUUCGUCUGGAUACCUGUCUCCGUCCUCUGUGUGAUCCCCGUGCCAAUUCUGCGUUGGAUCCUCGUGGCCGUUGCAUUUGUUCAGUCUGGCUAUUUCUUAGUCAGAAACGUGUACCCCAUUCUGGCCUCCGCUGAGGCUAAAGCGACCCGACUUAUAAUCAUUGCCAUCGCUGUGCUACAUGCUGGACUGGCAUUGUCCUUCAAAGUGCUAUUUUUCAGCUAUUAUGUGAUUGACAAGAUUGGGAUGGAUAUCCCUCUUCCCGGCGGUGACGAACCAUCGCCCUAGUAGCAUCGUAGCAUAGACUUGGUAGAGAGUUAGCAUUCAUUUUGUAAUUUAUGAGGAAACCCUAACCCUACCUUGCGAAAUCUGUCA